AUGGAUGCAGCAGGUCCCACUUAUGUAGUGCUCGGCUCCGGCGGCCAUACGGCCGAAAUGUGCCGCAUUAACGAGGCACUGCGACUGGCCAACCACAAUGACGGUGCUUUUGCACAGGUACGAUAUAUUGUGGCCCAAAGCGACACAACCUCGCAAAGCCAAAUGUGCAAAGUCGUACCUUCUGCACAGGACAGGGACUUCAUCCGUGUGCCACGGAGUCGUGAAGUGGGUCAGAGUUGGCUGAGCAGCAUCUUCACCACCCUGUGGGCUCUGCUGUGGAGCUUCUGGCUGGUAUGGCGCGACCGGCCACAACUGCUGCUCUGCAACGGACCCGGCACCUGUGUACCCUACUGUUACGUUGCAUUCCUCCUGCGUCUGCUGGGCCGUUUACCCGCCACCACCAAAAUUGUAUUCGUCGAGAGCUACUGCCGCGUGAAGACACUCUCGUUAAGCGGGCGACUUCUUCUGCCACUUGCGGACAUGUUUGUGGUGCAGUGGCCGGCUCUGGCGACGCGGUACGAGCACAAGAAAAAUUUGCGUUAUUUCGGACGCCUUCUAUAAAUAUUUAUAAGAUUUAACACAGGGCUUGCAAUUCCAUAUACAAGUAUAUUUGUACAUGUACAUAUACCGAUUACCCUUGUCCAUUAAUAAUAAAAACAAUAAUUUAACAGUAA